AUGGAGAGUGCAAAGAACGAGGAGUGCAACUCCACAAAGAAGACAGAGGAAGAAUAUAUGAGCUGCAAAUUCAAACGUACAUCAGUAGAUGCCGAAGAGGGACAGGGGGCUUCUGGUAAACCAGAUAUACUAGAAAACUCGGCAAAGAGGACCAAAAGAAAAAGAUCUAUAAAAAAUAACAGAGCUUGUUGUCCACGAAAAAUGCCACAAUGUUGUGACAGUGUGAAACCUCAGAAGAAGACGAUGCCAAUUCCUCCUUUACCUUCUAUACUGCCGCCUGUCAAUCUGAUUCACAGGGAUGUUGUGCGCGCUUGGUGCCAGCAGUUAAAACUAAGCACCAAAGGCCCGAAACUAGACGGAUAUAAACGACUCUGUGAACAUGCCUACCCUCAUCAAAAAAACAUUCCUGCCACAGCCGAGGAGGCCAGGAUCCUAUCACUAGCGAGAAGAAAAUCAAAGAUGGACGAGGGGGAACUACCUCUGGAAUGUUCUGAUGAAAAGAUGUCUUCUGAAGUGGCUGCUCCUCCUGAGGAGGGAGUACCUGCCCUUGAAGGAGCUCCUGCCCUUGAAGGAGAUCCUGCCCUUGAAGGAGAUCCUACUCUUCAAGAAGUUGUAUCGACUUCUGCCUCUGACCCAGGAACUGUGUUUGCCUCUUGGAGCAGAAUGACAGCCAGGGCCAUGAAGAUGGAGUCAGCGCAAUCACAAGAGACCUGUGGGGUCUGGUGGUGUGUGGUUCACGGGAGAGGUCUCCCUGCUAACACAGAGGGCUGGGUUCAUUUACAAUUUCAUGCCGGACAGGCUUGGGUGCCUGAAAAACGAAGGAGGGUGUCUGCGCUCUUCUUGCCUCCUGCGGGCAAUCUUCCUCCCCCACACCUGGAGGACAACAUGCUGUGCCCUGAGUGUGUGCACAGGAAUAAAGUAUUAAUGAAAAGCCUGCAGUGAGAUCACAAUACCAGUAAAAAGGGUACAGCUAUGAUUAUAAUUAAUGAUAGAGAAGUGACUACAAAUCAACUCCACGGCUAUGAUUAUAAUUAAUGAUAGAGAAGUGACUACAAAUCAACUCCAUGGUGCUAUUUGACAGCUGAACUCUGGGCCACUCUGCACUCUCCAUGCUUCCUGCUUACAGGGUUGCAUGAAGAAAAUCCUGUGAACUGCCAAAAGUAGAAGUGGCUAUCUCCAAAGACUCCCAGCCCUAAGGGAGCAGACGAGAAAGGAGAUGGGGACAUUUUAAAAAUGCUAAUUCGAUGAAUGGAAUUAAUUUACUUGAAAGUGCCUCAAGUGAAUUUCUACAUUGGGAAAAAUGGGGCUUAUAGGCAAAAGUUCAAAUUUGGUUAUGUACACCUUAACCAAGUAUUCAAACUUAUCAUCACCAGGAAUGGUAAGAGUAGCAAUGUGUUUCCUGAUGUGAUACAAUAUAUCACUGAUAAUAUUCUUGCCCCAAAGAAUCUAUUCACAAGGAAGCAAUCAGCCCUGAUUAUGCCUCUUGUCUCCGCAUAAUUAAGUGAGCUUACCUUGUUUUGGGUGGCAGUUACUUAGAUGCACCCAUAUGUAAAUAUUCACAGAGCUAUGCACUUAAGA